GGGCGCGGGCGGCUCGGGCUCGGUUCUGCCUCCCUCCAUUCCCCGGCAUCGCGGCGGGCUCGGGCGGCGGCAGGAUGGCGGCUGGGCUCCUGCCCCUGCUCCCGCUGCUGCUGCUGCUACCGGGCCGGGGGCCGCCGGGGGCCCUGGGCAACCGGCACGCCGUGCACUGGAACAGCUCCAACCCGCACCUGCGACGGGAGGGCUACACGGUGCAGGUGAACGUCAACGACUACCUGGACAUCUACUGCCCUCACUACAACGCCUCGGUGCCCGAGCACCGGCUGGAGCAGUACGUGCUCUACAUGGUGAACGCGGAGGGCUACCGCACCUGCAACACCAGCCAGGGCUUCAAGCGCUGGGAGUGCAACCGGCCCCACGCACCGCACAGCCCCAUCAAGUUCUCGGAGAAGUUCCAGCGCUACAGCGCCUUCUCGCUGGGCUACGAGUUCCGUGCGGGCCAGGAGUACUACUACAUAUCCACGCCGACGCACAACCACCGCCGGGCCUGCCUGAAGAUGAAGGUGUUUGUCUGCUGCGCCUCCACCUCGCACUCCGGGGAGAAGCUGGCGCCCACCCUGCCCCAGUUCACCCUGCGGCCCGAGGUGAAGAUCGAGGACCUGGAAAACUUCAACCCGGAGAUGCCCAAGCUGGAGAAGAGCAUCAGCGGCACCAGCCCCAAGCGGGAACAUUUGCCCCUGGCCGUGGCCGCCGCGCUCUUCCUCAUGACGCUCUUGGCCUCGUAGCUCCCGGUGCCCGCGGGGGCCCGGCCAGCGCCGCUGUGCCCCCCUCCGUCUGCUGCCCCUCGUGAGAGCCUCGGAAGCACGGCGAG